AUGGCUUCCUCCGCAGAAGAAUCCCCCCUUCUGCCCCAGAACCAGGCAAAUUCAUCGCCACGGACUUCCCGGCCGCCCCGGUCGGUCACCUUCAACCCGCUGACGACAAUCAGCACGUACGGCGGCACCACCACCACCUCCGAUCCCACCUUUCGCCCGUUGCAGGCUAGCUCUCCUCCCGUAUGGAAUGUCACCGCCCAGGGCACCCAUCCUCGAGUGGGCAGCCAGCCCAUGCUCUCCGCGUUGAACAGCAAGCUCCGUCGUCGCCACAGUCAUGGCGCUCCCCUAGCAAGCACCUCACCCUCAGCCCCGAAGAUUGGACCGCAGAGAACAACCAAGAAGGCGCAGAAACUCAAGCUACUCCCAGAUCCAGUGACGGCAGAAGAAGAGGAAUCUGAUGGCGACUUCCCGCGCGAUGUUUACUCGCAGAUCACCCGGAUAAAGGAACCUGCGGCACGAAGCCAUGCUGCGCGACUGGGCAAGGCCGAUCGAGACCGUAUCCCGCGCGUGACGGCUUACUGCACGGCCAAUUCCUAUCGACUCGAGGGGGUCAUCAAGUUCCUCAAGUCACGGGCCAAAACCCGGGGAGCUAAUCCCAAGCUGUUUGACGAGUGCGUCUACUCGCCUUUUGACUAUCAGUACGAAGAGAAGCAAAAGAGCAGUCGUCUUUUUCCUAGCUCCGGGGGCAACCAUCAUGAGAGACGCCCCAGUGAGCGCAGGUACUCGGACAGCGCGGUGGAGGUGGAGGACAACACCAAAGCUCGACGCGAAGACCUCAUGGAGUUUCAUGAAUCCGAGGCGGCCAAUGUUAAUACGGACCACCUGGUUCCAUCGCCGCAACCAGAGGAGACCCCCGAUAUCGAUACCACAAUCCACACGCCAGAAGUGUUCUUGUUUGACUAUGGGACCGUUGUCAUCUGGGGAAUGACACCCGCGCACGAAUCCCGUUUCCUGUCAGAUAUAUCAAAAUUUGCGACAUCGAUCUUAAGCUCGGAUGACACACAGAUCGAGAAUUUCAACUUCUACUAUGCGCGCGAGUACCAAGCACGGAUAUACAAUGACUUUAUCUCGCUGCGCGAGCCGCGCAACCACAUGAUCAAACUGGCCAUCUCCCAUGCUCUUGCCCAGUCCGUCAAGACCUCUCUAUUCGAGGAUCUGGUGUCAGAAACCAUCUCUGACACCGCACCGCUACCGGCUCAGAUUGCACAGACGGGCAGUGUCAACCUCACGCGCCGGCAGAUCAACAUGCAGAUUGGAGAGCUGUUUAUCUUGCGCAUCAACAUCCAUUUGCAGGGGUCUGUUCUGGACAGUCCUGAACUCUUUUGGGCUGAACCUCAGUUGGAGCCCGUCUACCAGGCCGUUCGUAGCUACCUGGAAAUGGACCAGCGGGUUAGUCUCCUGACAGAGCGGCUGGAUGUCAUUGCGGAUCUUCUGGCCGUGCUGAAAGACCAGCUGACACACCGCCACGGCGAGUAUCUUGAAUGGAUCGGUAAGCUUAGCAUUACUAUUUGGGCAGCAUGUGGUGGAAGCUAA